CUUAGUGAAGAUAUUGGCUAUGUAUUGUAUUCUGCUUUGGGUUCCUUUUACAUUCCCAGCUGUAUAAUGGUUUUCGUUUAUAUACGAAUUUAUUUUGCCGCCAAGGCGCGUGCGAGACGCGGCAUUAAAAAACAUCCGCGCAAAACAAACAACGAACAGGUUACCAGCUUUACCACCGCCAAUAAAAAAGGUACCAUACCAAUGCCAUCCUCGAGUGCGGGUGCACUGCAAAAACACCAACAACACCAAAUAGCCACAAUCGAAACACCACCGAAUAGUGCCGGAGCACUACCAAUGCAAAUACCAACUGUAACCUGCGAUUUAGCAUCAGACAUUUCCACCUCCGAGGCAGCGGAAAUGGAACCGCAUCCCCUUGUUUAUCCCAAUAGUAGUUGUAGUAGUAAUAUGGGUCUCCUGCCCUCCAAUAAUGUAGACAUACCAAGUAAUUUAAGUGCAUCAGCGAAUUGUAAAGAAACCCUAAAAGUGAGUACAAUAACAACGGGUCAUGGGGCCUUAAAUGUACCCGUGCCACCAUCAAUGGCUGCCAAUAAUAACAGCACAACGACAACGACAGCAAUUGCUUUAAAUAACAACAAUGGUAGUGUAACGACGACGACUACCACCACUACAACGCUGACGGCCUCCAAUGCGAACGAACUGAAGGUCUCACCAUUGGCGGGACGUUGUCGAGCCCUGUCGGUAGGCGUCGAUCCUGAUAUGCCAAUAUUUGGUCGCAAGUCCAACAAUAACCGAAGACAAAAUGAAUCGAAAACGGUGACGGUUAAGGAUGUGCCGAAACAAAACGCUGAGAUCGUUAAAGCCGAACUCGAACCUGCCAUACCGAAAGUACAAAAGCCCCGCGAUCCCGAAAAGGAGAAACGGCGUAUAGCACGGAAAAAAGAGAAGCGAGCCACCCUAAUAUUGGGUCUAAUAAUGGGUUCCUUUAUUGCCUGCUGGCUGCCUUUCUUUUUUCUCUACAUUCUAAUGCCAGCGUGCUCGACUCAUUGUCAUAUACCCGAUUCGGCGUUUGCCAUUGCCUUUUGGCUCGGCUACAUGAAUUCAGCACUCAAUCCGGCCAUCUAUACCAUUUUCAACAAGGACUUUCGGCGAGCGUUUCGCCGCAUACUCUUCAAGUGAUGUUUGGCCUAUGUGUGCUGUUAUCGGUGCGUUCAUGCCAGUAUCGAAAAGGCAACCGAACGUGCCAUGGGCAGCACACCUAUGGGUUAUAAUAUGUAUCAUUAUAGACGUUAGAUUUGGUUAUUUUUUGCUUAGAUUUUGUAAAUUACAAAUAGUGAUUAAACUAAAUUAAAAAAAAAAACCCUAAACGGAUUUAAAUCAAUAACUACAAACAAAAAAUAAAACAAAAUUAAAAAUAAUCAACUACGAAAAUAAGGUUUC